UCAGCGACAGAGGAUGGGGCAUGGAAGCAAUCCUGUAUCUUUCACAGACAGAUAACGAUAUACUUGGACUUUAUACAUAUUGCUAUCUAUCUAACACGCUCUGUCGAUAAAUGGUGACCGAGGGUUUUCAAUGUCCAAGGUUGUAUUGAAUCUCAGCAAGAUGCGUGUGUUGUUGAUGCUGCUACUGUUGCCGCUGGCUAAUGGUGACUUGGAUACGAGUGUCUGUUCCCCGCUGCCACCUCAACCCCCAGCAGUGGUGGUAAGACCAGUCAUCCCCAACACGUUUGAGGUUCACGUGGACUGUGUCAUCGUCAACAAAAACAUGACCACGGAGGUUCACGAACACUUCGAUGACGUAAACAACAGAGGAAUGAUUGAACAGCAUUCUUACAACGAGGAAUACGUGGGUUAUUACGACUACACUCACAACGAAUUCAUCGGGAUGUUCCCUCAUCAAGGCAGAUGUGAAGUAUCAAACUUGUCUUCAUCUGACCAGCGCUUCCUGUUCGGGUACAAACCUACACAUGGGCAUGGUCACAUCUUCACCGCUUCAGGGGCGAUGCACUUUGGGGCCAAUGAGACUGAGAAGUACCUGGGAUCGAGUCAGGUGCGCGGGAUCUGGGUUCGGGGAUGGCAGUCCUGUCAGUACUGGGCCGGAAUGAAAGCGUCCAUGAAUGUCACGUGGUAUUUCUCUGACCCGAAUAUCUGGGACACUUCUCUUGGCGUGCCACAGGUGCCUGUCCGAUGUCACGUGAUAGGCAAGGUCCAAGACACGUUCAGCAAAUCACACGAUUUUGAACAUUACUACGAGUUUGUGCAUUUUAGGGACCACAUUAAGGACCCAAGAGUUUUCGAGAUGGACGCGAGUGUCGUGUGUCCGGGGCGUAUCAAUACCAAGAGUUUACCUAAUGUCCCGGAUGUCCUGUCAAUGGGUGUGGAGCAGGUGGACGAAGUACAGAAGGUUGCAACCUUCACGUCGGAAUGGUUCGAUGCCAGGAUGAAGCUCACCAGGUUCGACAUGACCCCGAGCUUAAUGUCGGCGUCCAAGUAUGGAACUAAUAGGCUGAGCAUUGUUAGAGACUUUCAUACAGGUAUACAGUACGUGAAGGACACGGUCCUCGGCAACUGUUCCGUGACUUCCCUGACCCAGGACAACUGGGACGACAGGAUGCAGGACCCCCAACAUGUGCGGAUAGCCACCGCGCAGGAGUUCUUCCAUUUCGACAAUACCUAUAGUUACACAGGCCUGAAAUCAAUCCGCAACGUUGACUGUGACACGUGGUUGUCCCUCAGGACGGACUACCCGCCGAGUAUGCCUACCAACUCUACCUGGGAGUGGGCCUUUGUCUCCGCCAACUGGACCUCGGGAUACGACCCAAUCACAUACGCCGAGAGCGCCAUACCGUUUCAACUCAAAAUCUCAGUACCAGGCUUUGGCAUGCAGUACACGAUGAACGUCUUCGAAUACGACGCAAAGGAACCCAGCGUCAUGAACUUUGACAUCACCAACUGCAUGACGACAGAGCGCCGACGAAGUUUCAGGAUCGCGUUCCCCCAGAAAUAUACACAUAUGAUAGGUCACAAUCGGCCACAAUUCAAAUACGCCGGCCUCAUCGCCAUCCUCUCAGCAGCAUCAAUCGCCCCCAUCAGAGUCACACACAUUGCGAUUAACAUAUACAACCGAACAGCCCAUCUGAGCUUCGACCUCACCGACCUUCCACCAGUCAAAGGGGACGUCGUUUCCCUCACGUCUGGAAUCUCGUUGGAUCUCGCUGCCUCCGAGUUUAUACGAAGUGUUCAUGCCAACUCAUUCCAGGUCAACCUUAAGGUCAACGGAAAGACCAACUACAUCAGUGGGGUACCAGCUUCGCUUGAGGAAAUGACUGCAGGACCAACGCCCUUCGUUACCCGACCCCCAUCGACAACCCCUGGCACCCAGGGACCAGUGACACAGGGACCAGUGACACAAAGACCAGUGACACAACGACCAGUGACACAACGACCAGUGACACAACGACCAGUGACACAAAGACCAGUGACACAAAGACCAGUGACACAACGACCAGUGACACAACGACCAGUGACAUAUCAUGUUCCAAAUCCACGACCCACAACGAGCUACCCAUAUCAGUUAGUUUCAUCGAAGAACGUGCUCUGCGGAUCCUCGGGUGGUGGAGGGUAUUCUGCGGGGGCAAUGGCUGGUGUUGCCGUGGCGAUGAUAGUCGUUGGUGGCGCUUCGGGGGGAGGUCUGGCGAUAUAUCUGUCAAGGAACAGGCGUAUCUAGGUCACAAUACGCAGGAUUUGACGUAAAAACGACAUGUGCCGUUGGAUGUGUUUUAUAAAGAGAUCAGGAGCAAGACUACUGUACACCAGCUUGCAUCUUACACAUAUUUUUUUACAUUUUUGUAGCGUCAAAUAUUGUUGUAAUAAUCCAUAUUUAUCAAUUCGCGAAUUAACCACGAACCACAUAUUUUACAUCAAAUAAUUUUCAUAAUGCCUUUCGUUUAAUUUUAUCGUUUAGCAAGGGAGGUAACUCAUAUAUGUGUAUGUUUGUAUAUAUACAUACAUACAUACAUACAUACAUACAUAUAUAUAUAUAUAUAUAUAUAUAUAUAUAUAUAUAUAUAUAUAUAUAUAUAAGAGUUACCUCCCUUGCUAAACGAUAAAAUUAAACGAUAUCAUUAAAUUAUAUAUAUAUAUUAGACACCUGAUCCGAUGGUAACUCAGGUGAUUGCUCUUAAUCCGGGGAACUUGACAAUUCGAUCUAAUACGAUAUUUAGGGAUGUGGUUCCUAUAUAGCCCUUAGCAUUAUAAACUUAGUCAAGCUAACCUUUGGGUUUCAUCAAAAUGUGUCAGUGUUUAAAUUGCAUUGCUCAGAGGUUAUCCAUAGGCAUGAUGUAUAAAUACUAUUAUGAUUGCUAGCUAUUCUUCCUGGGUUUGUAAAUUAUUAAUUUAUUGCCAACUGUUCAAAGAGAUAAAGGGAAAAUUCAGUGUACUUAAUAAACACGUGUUAUAUGUUGCUGGUUUUGAGGAUGUAUGUUGGUAUGUUUCUGUGCUCAGUGCGGAAGACUAACGGGUGGGUAUCGGGGUGUUUUAACAGCCAUAUUUAUUCAGCCAAUCGCCAACGUGGAGCGAUGAAGCCGAGAAUCAUGGACAAACUGUUUUCGACAACCAAACUAAAUUGUGUCCAUUUUACGACAUGUCGCGUAUUGUUUACGCAAAGGUGAAUGAGAGUUGCCCCGGAACAUUCGUCACCACUCGCCCCUUUCCGUAAUCUGCAAGAAGAAGGCUCGUCCCGGAAUAACACGAGUUGGUCACGAAUGGCCCCGGAACGAUCGUCAAAAAUAUGAAAACACAUCGUUUCGCGGUGUCCAUUUGCUUGAACAAAUGUUUUCUGUUAAAUAUUAUUAAUUAAACUUUAAAAUCGUUAUCGGCGUGAAAGUGUUCCCUAUAUGCCUCGAUUGUAAAAUGGCAAUUGGGCGCCGUAGUUAUUUGAUACUGAUUCAUAAACACAUACUUUUUAUAUGAUCGGAAUAAUACAAAAGAAAAUCAUUUUUAAUAAUUAUUGAAAGUUUUUUUACGCUUUUAUUUAAAAGUUAAGUGGUCUAGAGAAAAACAGUAAAACUAUUCCUGUUUCAUUUUGACAGUUACCCUCAAUCAUUCAAAUUUAAAGAACACACUUCUUAGGAAAAGGUAAAUGCUCAUCUAAUAGCAUAGGCGUUGUCAGCAAUAAAUGUCGUUUAUGUUUUCUAAUUCUUUAGAAAUUUACUUAAAUGUCUGCCGUUGUAAAAUUAAAUAUUCUGGUAUGAUUCCCAUAUUGGAUUAAAAAUGUCCAUGAAAACGGUCAGUUCAUAUUUCUGUAUAUUUUGGAUUAUCAUUGACAUUAAACAUGCUCGUAAAAAUAUUAAUUAUUGUCGAUCAAAAAUACCAUUGCACAUUUAAGUUUUUCAUUAGAAUUGCAUGGUUCUGUUUACAUAAGUAAUACCUGUAAUUUGAAAGUGAUGGCAGAUCAAACGAUGAUUCCUUUCAAAAUGACAAAAUAUAUUGUUUUCUAUCAAAAAUAGCUUUUAAUACUUUCUGAUCACAAAGUUUAGAAUCGGUGAUAUUUUCGGUGACGAUAAAUGGGGAUAAUCUCUCUCUCUCUUCCAUGUGUUGCUGGACAUCUUCUCGAUAGAUAAUCCGAGAGAUAAUCGUUUCAUUUCUUGGUUCAAAACUGAUUUGCCAAAAUUUGAUUUGCAACAUGGAUCUAUGUACAUCACGAGAAUCUUUCAAAAGGUUCGAAAGGAAAGACAACAAAAUUUCUUACCUUAGAAUGAUAUCACCUUUUUUGUACAUAUAUAGAUGUUAUUAAAUGCAAUGAUAAUCAUGUAAACAAUGUGAACUUUUCAAAAGAAUAAUAACAAUUGUAAAUGUUAAA